UAAAUAAAGUCCUCAAAAACAAAAAUACUGAGUUUUUGUUUUUCUUCCCUUGUGUGUUUCCGAGGGACCAUUUCGCAGACGGACUUGUAAACAUUUCAGUGUGCUUUGCUCACGUCUACAGCUUUGCGCUGUGUGUGUGAGUUGCAGGCAUGGAUCCAGGAAAUGUGAUAGCAGUGGAGUCAAGCGAGCUUACAAAACAACACAAGCUCUGCUAUUUUCAAUGUGUCGUCUAUUUUUCAAUAUUUUACCAGUACAUUUUACCAGUUAGCUCGUUAGACAAGUCUAUUUGAAGAAAUGAAAAUACUUUUUCUUGCCUGUCUCAGUCCCAAAACUGGAAACCACACAACAGCUGAGAGAAUAAGAUCCCACAUUGAGUCAGCAGGUCACACCUGUGAGCUCAGAGAUGCAGCAGAUUUUCAGACCCCUGCUGAGGUGGCAAACCUCAUACCUCGAAAUCCUCCAUUUGAGGCUGCACUGGCCAUUCAUCUGUUCCGGGCAGGCAGGCUUCUUUUAGACAUCCAAGUCCCCUUUGGCGUUAUCUUUGGUGGAACAGACAUAAAUGAAGAUGUGAAAGUUGAGAAGAAGCGUGUGGUUAUGGAGCAGGUGCUACUGAAAGCCAGGUUUGCUGUUGCAUUUACUGACAAACUGAAAGAAGAGGCAGAGUUAUUUUUGCUGUCCCCAAGCAGUAAGAUCUAUGUCCAGCCCCAAGGGAUCCGCUCAGAAGUGACUGAAGACUUCUGCUGGACUGACUUCUUGAGGAGCUCAGGUGUAAGCAGUGAGCCUGUGGACGAGCUGCGUGUUUUCCUGCUGGUGUGCGGCCUCAGGAGAGUCAAGGACCCACUCUAUCUGUUGCAUGUUUUCUCAGAGUGGCAUUGUGAGAACCCGCUGAAUGUGUUGGUCAUUAUUGGGCCAAAGAUUGAUCCUGUGCUUACAGCUGAGGUGGAGGCAAUUGUUCAAAGAACAGCAGGGGUCUUCUUGGCCCAGGAGAGAAGCCAGCAGGAGCUUCAUGCUGCCAUGAAAAGGUGCUCCGCCGUGGUCAACAGCUCCGUAUCAGAGGGCAUGUCCGCUGCCAUCUUGGAGGCCAUGGAUCUCGGGGUACCCGUGUUGGCCCGGGACAUUCCAGGAAACGCAGCUGUAGUUCAACAUGAGCUCACCGGCCUGCUGUACUCAUCACCUCAGGAAUUCGUACAUCAAUCCCAGAGGCUCCUGUCAGAUCCUGCGCUCAGAGAGAGAGUGGUAAGGAAUGGGAAACUGUACGUGGAAGAGUGUCACGGGCUGAAGCAGGAGAGAGAAACCUACCAGCAGCUGGUGAACACUUUGCUCUGAGCUUGUCUUACAAUUCAACCUCUCUUAUAUAUACUAUACUAUACUUUCUCAGGAACCUUAGCAUCAAAGAAUGGGGCAUUAAAUUGUUGUUUUUACCUAGCAAAUGUAAUAAUUAUCAAAGUUGUCUUGUCCAUCAAAAAAAACAAAAUAAAAUAGGUUACAAGGUGCCUGUGUAAAAUAGCGGGUUUUAUCUGAAGUGCCUUAUUGAACAUAUUCUGCAGAGCACUUUGAACUUAACAACCUGGGUAGAAAUUGUUGUUGGAUUUGAUAAAAAUUGGAAUGUAUUUGGAAUGGAUGACAUACUGCUAUUUAUGGUUUUGUAUAAAUAUAGAAAAACACUG